AUUGGCCCGAAAAGGCUAAAACUGUUAGUCUGUUACUAGCAAAUAGUUUAUUUUUGCCUCUAUGUUGUUUGGGACGGAAAAAUCCACACGAGAAAACAUCUUGGUUGUUGGCCUGGCUACUGUUCUCCGCCGAUAGAUGUGCCCCACGACCACAUCAAAUGUUUUUGUUCAAUUCACUUCCUCUUUCUCUUUUCCUUCUCAAACCUAAAGCCCACAACAAUUCCCAAUUCCAUCCACCUCUUCACUUCUACUGAUUGCUGAAUCAAAUGGAACACGAGAAAGCCCCUAUCUUGGUGGAAGAAAGGACAAUGCAGGAAAUUGAGAUACCCAUUGCCUCUGAAAGACUUGAUGUUAUUCCUAUGAAGGCAGACUCAUCUUGCAGUUCUGUUUGUCCUUUUUCAGGACACGAAAACAGUGCUGUGGCAUCAAAAGAGUCAUCAAAGAAACUCUCUGGACUCAUUGUUUUCUAUGCUAUUGUUAUGGUUGUGGAACUUAUUGGUGGAAUAAAAGCUCACAGCCUAUCUGUCAUCAGUGAUGCAGCACACUUACUUUCUGAUAUUGCUGGAUUCUCUAUCUCUCUCUUUGCAGUGUGGGCUUCAGGUUGGGAGGCAACGCCGCACCAAUCUUUUGGAUACAAUCGUCUUGAGGUUUUGGGGGCUCUUGUAUCUGUGCAGUUAAUUUGGUUGAUAUCCGGUUUUUUGAUAUAUGAAGCAGUAGGUAGAAUUCUCGUCCGAAAUGGCAGUGUGAAUGGAAAGCUCAUGCUUGCAAUUGCAGCACUUGGGUUUGUUCUUAACUUCAUCAUGGUUGCAUGGAUUGGUCAUGAUCAUAGUCAUCACCAUCAUUAUCAUCAUCAUCAUCAUCAUCAUCAUCAUCAUCAUCAUGAUGGUUGUGAAAGCUCGGGUCAUGAUCAUAGUCAUCAUCAAUACCAGACAGAUCAUGAUCAUGGGAAGGAGGAACAAUCUAAAAUAACUGAUGAGGAGAAUGUUACCCUGGUUUCAAGUAGUCAGACAAAUACUAAUGUCUUGAACAUAAAUCUUCAGGGGGCAUAUUUGCAUGUCAUGGCUGAUAUGAUUCAAUCUAUUGGAGUGAUGAUUGCUGGAGCCAUAAUAUGGGCAAAACCUGAGUGGUUUAUGGUUGACCUUGUGUGUACUCUUAUAUUUUCUGUUUUGUCAGUAAGCACUACUCUUCCCUUGCUUAGGAAUAUUUAUGGCAUUCUGAUGGAAAGGACACCAAGUGAGAUCGAUAUUAGUAAGCUGGAAAGUGGCCUCAGAAAUAUCAAGGGAGUGCAGGAUGUUCAUGACUUGCACGUUUGGGCUAUAACUGUUGGAAAAUGUGUUCUGUCUUGCCACGUAGUGGCUGAGCCUGGCAUAAGUUCCAUUGAUUUACUAGGCACGAUUAAAAAUUACUGUGAAAAAAAAUAUCAAAUACAACAUGUAACCAUACAAAUUGAAUAAAGAUACAUUGUUUUCCCUUUCCUUUA